UGGUACAUUAGAGCGCUGAGAAUGAAUUGUGACGGCUUUUUCGAGUUGGAGAAAAGUCGAAUAGAUUACCGCAGUUACAGGUAUAUCGAAUUGGACAAUGGACUGAGGGCUAUAUUAGUGUCCAACCUAAAGCCUGGGGAGGAAGCACCCAAUGACUCCUUGUCGGAUUCAGAUCUUGAAAGUAAUAAUUCGGAAAGCUUGGAAGACGAAGAUUUUGAUAUUGAAGAAAACCCUAUCAGUGACCAGGAGGCAAAGUCUGCUGCUGCAUUGUGCAUUAAAGUGGGAAGUUUCUCAGAUCCAGUAGAAGCUCAGGGCUUAUCACAUUUUUUGGAGCAUAUGGUAUUUAUGGGUAGUUUAAAAUAUCCAACAGAGAAUGAUUUUGAUGCAUAUCUUAGUCAACGUGGUGGAACUAAUAAUGCUUGGACAGGGAAUGAAUACACUUUAUUUCAUUUCGAUGUAAAACGUAAACAUUUUGCUAGUUGCCUUGAUAAAUUUGCCAACUUUUUCAUUUCACCACUUUUAAGCAAAGAUAGCACAGAUCGUGAGAUAAAUGCAGUUAAUAGCGAAUUCGAACUGGCAUACACCAAGGAUUCUUCACGACUCCACUAUUUAAUUGGUCAUUUGUCUCGUAAAGAUUCUCCCUACAAACUGUUCGGUUAUGGCAAUUGUAAAUCGCUACGUGAAAUCCCGGAACAAAAUGGUACUGAUAUUUAUUCACUUUUAAAUAAACAUCGAAAGAAUUUUUAUUCUUCUGAUCGAAUGACACUUGCUGUACAGUCGAAACAUCAUUUAGACGAUCUGGAAGUAUUGGUACGAAAAAUUUUCUCUGAUAUACCAAGAAUUGGACUACCUGUGACAAACUUUAAAUGUGUUGAACCUUUCGAUAUUAAUUCAUUUGCUAAAUUAUACAAGGUUUGUCCUUUGAGUGUAAAAGAGAAAAUACGUAUUGUCUGGAUUCUUCCUCCACAAAUCAAUCAUUAUGAAUCAUCUCCAAUGGAAGUAUUAUCUUCUCUUAUUGGUCAUGAAGGUAGAGGAAGUGUAUUGGCCUUACUUAAAAAAGAAAAUCUUGCCGUUUCACUUAGCACGGGCGUUACUUGUACAUCAGAUUUUGAUAAUUCUAGUUUAUGUACAAUUUUUAUGGUUAAUAUUCAACUUACUGAUUAUGGUCGUGAUCAUAUUUUCCAAGUUUGUGGAGUAUUAUUUGAUUAUAUAAAAAUUCUACUGUACUCAGCGUUAAAUUCUACAUCGAUAUCUUUAAUGAAUGGUGGUUUAGAAGGUAAUAAUAAUAAUAAUGGUGAACGCGUUCAUACAAAUCACUGUCAUAAACAUACGUUCGCUACAUAUCUACCAGAAUAUCAAAUGGUUAAAACAGCUAAUUUUCUAUAUACAGAACCGGAAGAAGCUGAAGAUACAGUGGUUAAUCUAGCCAAUAUGUUACAUCUUGUUAAAUGUGAACAUGUUUAUUCUGGUUAUAGGCUAUUAAAAAAGCCAAAUAUAAAAUUGUACAUUGACCUAUUGAAAUUGAUGACACCAAAUCGUGCAGCUAUAUUCUUUCUGUCAUCAACUUUUGCAUCUUCAGUGAAAGAUGAUGAGUCAAGAUUAGAACAUGAACCAUGGUUUAAUGUAGCUUAUCAAAAAGAAGAUAUACCCGAACAUAUUAUGAACGGAUGGAUCCAUUCAAAACCAGACGACGAAAAAUUACAUCUUCCAUAUGAAAAUAAAUUUUUGACGACGGAUUUUAGUUUAUUGGAUUCAAAAACUGAUAUGAAGCAACCUGUGGAUUUAAACUUGGAACCUGGUGCAGAAUCACGUCUAAAAUAUGGUCAUUUAUGGUUUCAACAAAGUACUCGUUUCAAAUGUCCUAAAGCUUCUGUAAUGAUCCAUCUUUGGUCGGAUAUUGUGUCUAAAACAAAAGAAACCAUGGCAUUGCAUACAUUGAUGGUCUAUGGUUUAAAUCAAUCAUUGAGUACAAUCACCUAUGAAGCUGGUGAAGCAGAUCUAGUACAAGAUGUAGCGUUUCGUGAUAAUGGCUUGCGUAUUUGUGUUAGCGGUUUUAGUGAAAAAUUGUUUUGUUUUUAUUCAACUAUACUUGAUCAUAUAUUGGAUCAAACACAAGAUUUAUCUAAAGAAUAUUUCGAAUCAUAUCGUGAUGCUGUACUUCAAAUUUAUUAUAAUGAAGCACUUAAACCAAAUGUACUCAAUACUCAUCUUCAAUUUUAUCUUCUUCGUAAAGAAGCUUAUCUAAUUACAGAUUUAUUGAGUGCACUGAAAAAUUUGUCCGUUGCUGAUGUCGCUGCGUAUAAACAACAAUUUUUGUCCACUUUACAUAUUACUAUUUAUGCUUAUGGUAAUAUAACAAGACAGGAUGCCAUUUCUUUCUUUGAUUAUACAGUGGAGAAGAUUCGACCUAUUCCUAGAUCCACAAGAAAGUUGAUUGAUACCUCAAUCUUAGAUCCAGGUACAUAUUAUCUACGUGUUAUGAAUUGUAAUCCAAACGAUGUAAAUAUGUGUUUAGCUAGAAUACAUUUACUUGGUGAAUCCGAUAUUAAACAACAAUGCUAUAAUAAACUAUUGGCAUUUAUAUUAUCUGAACCGGCUUUUGAUUAUCUGCGUACUAAAGAAACUUUAGGAUAUACUGUUUAUCUCCGAUAUUGGCGAUCAUCUCCUGGUGGUACAUUACAUUCAGGUAUCAGUUUAGUAGCAUAUAGUCCAGCUAAUAAAUAUUCCAUUGAUUAUGUCGCUGGAAGAUUGACUGCUUUCUGGCGUCGAAUAGCUCCAAGGAUUAUUGCUGCUAUGCCAUCGGAAACGUUUAAAACGUCAGUAGAAUCAUUGAUAUCUGUGCAUCAAUUAGAAGAUCCCAAUAUGAUGACAGAAUUUGAAAGAAAUUGGGAUGAAAUUAUGGAAAGUACAGCGAAUUUUAAUUAUCGUGAAGAAUGUGUGAAAAUUUUGUCAACUAUUACUCAAGAAAGUUUAUUGAAUUUCUUCUUAACAGAAUAUUUGGAUGUUAAAAAACAACGUUCUUUAUUUGUACAGGUUGACGCAAUUGCCAAUCCAGAAUUGACCAAAACUACUGUCUCCAAUUCUUAUUGUUUAGAUUUUGAUACGAUUGACACGAAUUGGGAAACAUUGAAAAAUGAAUAUACAAGUAUAAACAGUAUUGAUAUAACCAACGCUUUGAUGACAUGCGGUUACGAUGAAAAACAAGCGAUGGAUUUUAUGAUGAAAUCGUAUUCUAAUAAUAAUGGUAAUACAAUUGAUAGCAGUCUACUAUUGGAGCAUGGAGAAAAUGAAGCGAACGAGCAAAAGGCUAUGGUUUUCAUAAAUAAUUUGUUUAAAUUCCGUUCAACUAUUCAAUAUCAAACUGGUCGAAACGUUUAACAAUAAUUGUUGUCAUUGUAGUAUUCUUUCUCCAAAAAAAAGAGAACAAACUUUGACUUAAAAUGGUGUAAUGUAUAACAUUUUCUUCAUAUUUGAGAAACGUACAUUAUUAGCAUAAUCCAUUUUCUUUGCUUUAUCAACAUGGUGAUAAUUCACGCUUCCUACGUCUACAUGAUGUGAUUACAAUUAACUUGGUAUUUAUGUAUCUGUGUGUUAGGGGCGCCAGGGUGAUUAAUUCGAAUUUCGCUAUAUUUAAUAGGCUUGUAUUGGUAGUUGUUUCUUUCAUUCCUUAUCUUUGUACUAAACCUAUUUGUUGUUCUCGUUUUUUCGUUUAUAUUUGUACAUAUGUUCAUGUGUACUACUGUACCGUUGAUGAAUAUAUAAAUUCGAUAGGCAAAUAUAUGCAUACAUUUGACAAUAAA